AAGAGAAACUUACUAUAAAAGAAUGGAUUGAGAGAGAAAUAUUCCAAUUCUAGGUUGUACUGCAAAUGUGCUGAAGAGGCCGAGAAAAGAGGCUUCACCCAUUUUGGCCUCCAGUUUUACGGAGAGUGCUGGGGAGGUUCUUUGGCAGCAGAGAGGUUCAAUAUUCAUGGGAAAAUGAAAAAGUGCAUUGGUGUUGAUUAUAAACCAUGCAAUGAUUCAUCCCAAACAGAAUGUGUUGGUGGUCAGCUUGGAAACUAUAUUUAUCACCUGGAGGAACGAGUUGUAAAAGCAGCAGAUCUUCCUAUUAUAAAUGGAGGAUAUUCGUUGUGGUCAUCUUGGUCUGAGUGUUCUAAGACCUGUGGAGGAGGUACUAGACUCAGAAACAGAGCUUGUAAGGAACCGGAGCCGCUAAAUGGUGGGCAAGAUUGUACCGAACUCGGUCCAUCAGAUGAAACUCAACUGUGCAACCUCAAUCCAUGUAAAAAAUCCUGCCGUAAAGCAAUCGACCUCGGUAUCAUCAUGGACGCAUCCAGCAGCGUUAGAAGACGCAAUUACCUGAAAAUGAAGCUUUUUAUCAGGGCCUUGGCUGAUGAUUUUGGCGUUUCUCCUUCUGGUACCCAUUUCGGCAUCCUCCACUACUCAAGCUACGCGCGCCUGGACUUCCGACCAAAUGAUGCCCGUUACCAUAAUAUUGCCCGCUUGAAGGCAAAGAUAAACUCAAUUGUAUAUUCAUACGGUAAGGUCAUAUUGUGUAGAACGGUAAUACCCAUGUUCAGUGUUUCCAAUGCUUCUUUUUAUGUGUAUGCCAUAAUCAUUAUCUGAAAAAUAUUACAGACUGUGGCAGUUUUGAAACAUUGAGAAAAAAGGUGCUUGUAAAUUAUGAUAAUUUAGAGAUAUUUUGCCUUUCAAGGAAAUAGAGAGAAAGCCUUUCCCGUCUUAGAUUCUGGUUCUGUGAAAUAAACUUUUUUAUGGAUUCUUUGAUUUCCUACAUUGAGACGUUUUGUAUCUUUUCUAUUUGUGAUAAACUGUAUUUCUUCGAUAAUCAAAGUUAGCUCCAUAAAGUGUAAAAUCCCAGCCAAUGUGUCUUCGCCUUUAUUCAAUCGUUUUUUAACCAUUCCUAUAAAGCUCUCCCUAACGAUUUCCUUCUUAUGAUGAAAAUGUGGUAUAUUUUUAUUAGCUAAAAGAAAUUUAGCACAAAAUUCAUUACCCAGUCAAACGCAUUUUCAUAAGAUUAGCGAAAACAUCUGUGUGCAAUGUUCUCAGCCCUAAAGUUCAAAGCUUAUAGUGAAAUGAAAAGUUAUCAUCUAUCAAUACAUUUAAAUUUUCAUCAUUUAUUGUCCUUAUUCCUAACAGAUUUAUUCUUCUCUAUGUAAACUUUAUUACUUAGUUUAACUUUGUACGGGCUUUACUUGAUAUAUGAA